AUGUCCGACAAGUGGCGGCAGCGAAACGCCCACCCGCUCCACCUCUCCGUUGCCGGCAGCUCCUCCAUUCAGGGAGACUUGCGCGGAGGUCGCCAUGGCGCCGGCGCCGCCGGCGGUGCCCGAAGAUGGCAGUGCGACGAUUGGGUCGUCGUCGAGCUCAGCGCGGCUGAGUUUGGGGCACAGCAGGUGCGGCGCAUCAUCGGCGCGGUUGUCGCCGCCGCGAGGGGCAGCAGCAGCGAGCAAGGCGCGGGCGCGUCGCUGGAGAAGCACUUUGGGGGCGACGCACUGCCGCCCCUCGCGCCAGUCGAGCCCCUGUGGCUGCAUAGCCUUACCCUUGUCGAUGGCACCAGUCUGACCGCCAGCGAGCAGUUGGACGGCGAGGUGCCGGCGCAGCGAACUGACGCGGAGACAGCCAUCGAGCACGCGGUGAUCCGCACGGCUCAGACCCCCAUCGACGAGUUCGUUCGCGCUCUCGACGCUGACGUCUCGUUGUCCGGCUGCGCCGACGCCGCCAUGGCAAUAUGGGAGACCGUCAGCCAGUGGCGCACCGCGAACGGGCAGUCGUCAUGGACCGGGGGUGUGGCGGGCGACGACGAACGCGAGGAGCUGGAUUGGGAGGUCUCCGACUACGAGCUGGAGGGCGAGGAGGAUGACCAGCCCGACGAGAUGACUGUCGACUCCGGCGAGGGCGGCCCGGCCGAUGCGGCAGAUGGCGAGCCACCCGACGGGGAGGACGGAAGUGGUGACGAGAGCGAGGGCCAGGAUGGCUCGG